AUCGUUCUCGUGCCCUCCCUUAGCCUUUAGGUCAUGGUCUUGGAAGGUGAACCGACGCUGACGACAGUCUCGUGGCACACGACAAGAUGCAUUGAGGAUGCUUGGCUGGCCGUAGACAGACCGGGGAUGAUCCUCUUCUACCCAAGAUACCCAACUGAGCCCAGCCGACAGAACUCCAACGUUUAGUGUUUAUAAAAACCACCGAUCUUCCCAGUCGUCCACAGGGCAUCCGCCACAUCCGAUCCUCACGGGUUGUCCCUCUUACGUAGUCCCGUCCCGUCGGUUCAUUCCUGAGCAUUCCCUCUCACCGAUCUGACUACUUUCCCCAGUUCAAGUUCCUCCGGACAGAUCUCCCCCCUCUUCUCCCCGCUUCAUCUCUCCGACCAUUUGACCUCCACAUGUCACCGGUCAAAUCUAAAAACUAGGCUCCUAUGCUUUCCUCCUCUUGGCGUUAAACUUCCUUCUCUAUUGUCUAUUUUCCCUUGCGACUCUUGCCCCUUGAGGGCCCUCUCCACCCCCUCGGAGGAACGCCGUGCCAACCUAGUGGCCGAUUCAGGUCCAACCUGACGGUCAUCCAGCCCCCUCUCCCUUCCACCCUCCUUUCUCCGCCCAUUUCCUUUGUGUCAAGAUGGGUAACUCCCAAACGAAGGAAUCGCGAGCCGGAACGCCGCACCGUCAGCAAUGGUCCUCAUCCGAUGCCUCCGGUAGUGGCCGGGUCGUCUAUCAAAAUCCCCGGUCGGGCAGAAGCAGUCGGCCUGACUUGUCCAUCCUCGGAAUCGGGAGCAGUCAUCGAGAUCGCGAUGACCGUGACGUGGCCUCAUUGGAACACCGGCGCGAAAGUAAACAGGAGCGGGAGGCCCGCCGCCUGGAGAAGGAACGUGUUGCUCGUGUGAAGGAGCGGGAGCGCAGUAUGAAAGAGGAACAUGUGGAUGGAGGCUAUCUGGUCACUCAGGGUGUGUAUGUGGGCACGGAGGACUUCAACAAGGCGGUCGUUCGACAACUAAUGAUUGAGCGACGACUGGCUCCCUUCUGGAGAGGACUGAACGAGUUCUCAGAAUCGUGGGCGGAACACCAAAUCAUGGCCGCAGCCCGCGGCAUGCCCAUUCCCCCGCCUGAUGAGAUUCCCCCGGAGUUGGAGUACACGCCACCAAAGGCCAGCGAGACGAAGGCGUCGGCCGAGGUGAACAUCCAGCAUCUCACGGUCCCCAUCACCUCUCGGUCGCAAUCCCUCAAUUCCGACGUAUCGCAAAUCUCCAACCCCAGCCAGUCAUUACCUUCUGCGAUAGCGUCCGGUACAUCUACGUCACCGUUCUUCCGCACCCGCGCCAAGACCCUUGCAGCCCUCACCACCUCUUCAAGGCAUGGCUCACAGACAGAUUUGACUCCUCGGGAACUGCAGCUUCCAAAGGAUCCGUUUGUCAACGGCCAGCCAAUUGAGGUCUACAUCUACAAGGAUGCGAUCGAAUGCCCGAUCUGCUUCCUGUACUACCCGCCGUAUCUCAACCGGACUCGAUGCUGUGACCAGCCCAUUUGCUCCGAGUGCUUCGUUCAGAUCAAGCGCCCGGAUCCGCACCCUCCAGAGCACGAACAACACGAUGCUAACACUCCGGCCCCUGCUGAAGGCGAACAACAACAAGCGGCUGAAUCCACCGAUGGCCAGUUGGUCUCGGAACCUUCGGCUUGUCCAUUCUGUGUCCAGCCCGAGUUUGGAGUCACCUACGCCCCGCCACCCUUCCGUCGAGGCCUGACCUAUGCCGCCGACCCGAGCGCCCGUCCCUCCCCCAACAUCAUUUCACCCGUCUCCUCCACGUCUUCCUUGGUCUCCGCACAUGCUCUCCCCACGCCUGGCCGCCGCCGCGCCACCUCUUUGUCUGCGACCGAUCCGGGUGUAGUCACGACGGACAAGGUUCGUCCGGACUGGGCUCAGAAACUAGCAAAUGCCCGUGCGCAUGCGGCACGACGUUCUGCCGCGGCGACUGCCUUGCACACUGCGGCCUAUUUGAUGAAUUCUAACCCAUCGGGGAGCGAUUCGCGCGGUAUCGGUCUGGGUCGCAGAGGUUUGCGAAGAGCUACGCAGGGAGACGCCGGCCGGUCCGGAUCCCCUGCACUCAAUGCGCUCGCAUUCUUGACGGAACGGCCCGAUCGAACGCCACCUCGGGUGUCUGCGCCGGAUACCGACUCGGCGGAGGAAGGACAGGGAAAUAUCGCACCACCGCGAGACAGUUCGCGACGCACCCGCAUUGAUGAUUUGGAGGAGAUGAUGAUGAUGGAAGCGAUUCGGUUGAGUUUGGCGAGUGAGGAGGACCGCAGGAGGCGAGAAGAGAAGGAAAUCCGAAAGGAGGCCAAGAGAAGGGAGAAGGAGAAGGAGAAGGAGGCGAAGAAGGCGGAUAAGGCGGCUCGUAAGACUGGCUUGUACAGCAACAAUGCUAGCACGUCAGCAUUAUCGGUCCCUAUUGAAAAUGCCGUGGGCAAAGCCAGCAGUUCGUCUUCAAUUGCCGAAGAAGGGCCGUCGGCAGGGAAGGGCAAAGCCGUUGACCGUGCGUCUCCGGCCGCUGUGGACGCCUCCGCACCCCCUUCAUCCACCACAUCUAGUCUGGCCGAUCAAAGCCUGGCUCUGCCCGAUCCUUUGGGAACUGCGGAACCUUCAAGACCGUCUCACCUUCGACAUGUGUCUAGUGCAUCAUCGUCGAUAUCGUCCAUCAUGGAGGGCAACGCUGGCGAUCGUCCCGGCGGCCACAUGUCGGCUGACGCGAGUAGUACGUCUCUAGAGCCCAUGUUCAACUUUCGGAGUCUGGCCGCCGUGAUUGGCGAUGAAGACAAGGGCCAUGAGCCGGAGCAUGUUGAGGACGCUAUGCAGCAGGCCGAAGGCUCCUCCAGCGCAGCCCCUUCUGUUCACCAGCCCUCGGCUGAUGCGGUUGGGAAGGAUAGUGACCCGACCAAGACCGACGCAAUCCCCGACGUGAAAGCCCCUGUGGAAGUGCAAGGUAGCCCUGGUGGCAUCUUGCCCAAGGAGCUCGAGACUCGUUCAGUUGAGAUCACAAACGAGGCGAACACGGAGGCAACCUCAUGACCAUGAUCAUGGAGGUGUGAGCCCUCAUUUCCCUCUCCCACCCCAACAAUUUUCUGUUUCCGUUAGAGGUCUUGUCAUAAGGUCCGCAUUGAAAUGGGAUUCAACCGGCGUCGCAGGGUAGGAUUGAUUUUCGAACUUGUUUUGGUGGAUGUGGGUGUUUUCUCCCUUAUCUGAUUCGGGCAUAUCGCUCCCCUCAUGUUCAUCGUUACUGUCUCCAUAGCACCCAUUUCUCUUUCUAUCCGGCAUUUGUGUCUCCCUCCACCUAUGACAGAGAUACGUCCAAGUUUGACCCUACCUCCCAUCCAUCUCGUUCCUUCGGCCUCUUGGGCGUCUUAUCCGGGUUCUCACUCCAAUCUCCGUCGUACGCUCGUCACUAUGUAUCUCUUAGCCCUAAAUCCUUCCGUGGCUACUUUAAUCUUCUCGCUUGGAACCAUGUAAACACCCAG